CAAAAGGGGACAUCGAACUCACCCGCUGAUUUCCAUCGAUGAUCGCGGGCAUCUCUCUUCCAGCGGCGUCCUGUCCCCCGGCAAGUGUGUGCGUAUGUUCGUUCCUGCGACGGCUUUCUUCACUAAAAACGCACUCCACUUUUCAUCAAGGUAAACACAAGGCAAAGACCUCGAGGUCACGAGCCCCUAGCGAACGGCUGCCGGGUCCUUACUUUCCCUCCGUUAAAAUACACCGACGGGAGAAACUCCCCGCGUUUCUCUCCCAUGCCUUGGGAAGCGACGAAGGUUAAAAACAGUUCAUUUCUCCUAUCUGGUGCAAUGCUCCUGUAAGCGCUUAGCUCUGCCCUCCACCCAUCAUGUUUCUUUCCGCCGUCCUGGCGUCCUUCUCCUUCCGCUUUUCUUGGAUUCGAUCGAUGACAUGAGGAACGAAGAACCGUCGCCUUCCGCGUCGGCACCCGCUGGCGAGGGUGACAGAAGGCGAGGAAACUUGCCUUGCGAGUCCGUUUCUGAACCGGAGAACUGCAUCAGGGACUCUCAAGGGCAGCAGAGAGAUCGAACAGAGUGUGAGGAAGAGAAGGUCGAAACGCCGUUUUCCUCAGUGGAAAUUGCCUUCGUCAACCACCUUGUAGGCCGAGGACUGCUUGCGCGCCGGUCCUUCAAAAAGGGAGAGGUCAUCUGCAACGACGCAGAGCCGCUCGUCGCUGCGCAACACAUCUACUCGGAGCGGUGUAGCUGGACCUGCGAGAGAUGCUUUACGUUCCUUGGCAACCUCCGCGACCAGGCCGAACUCAUUCUCUCCAACGACCCCUCUGACUUGGUAAAGAGAAGCCGGCGAAUUCGAGAAAACCUUGAGUUGCUCACAGACGAUUUUCUCCAGCGAGAAGGACUCUGCCUCGCCCGGCCUAUCCCCUGCGACCGCAAAUGCGGAGUAGUCUACUGCUCAGAAGAGCACAAGAAGCUUGGCCAGACCGAAGGACCGCACCGCCUUCUGUGCCUGGAGGCGACAAAACGCAUGCAGCGCGCCUGGCGAGUCUUCGCAAGCCAUUCGCGGAAGUUCAGUGAAAAUUUCUUGCUCGCAGGUCGCGCCUACGCACAGAUUCUUGUGCAUGUUCUGUACGGCCAGAAGUCAGUUGAAGAGGCGACAACGCCUUUCUGCGGCUUCUUCUGUCGAAGAUGGGAAGAGCUUGGGGCCGGAGAGGCGCCCAGGGAGGAGGCGGGAGAGCCUCGGGAGUUGCGUUCUCUCUCCGGACGUCGCCAAACUCUGGAGGAAUCUUUUUCUCUUCUCUGUCGAGUUUUCCUUGCGCCGGAUGUUCUUGGAGAGUCUGCGUGGACACCGGCGAACGGUGCGUGUGGGGAGGAGCGUCGACAGCUCCUCCAAGAGAAGUGGAGGAAGCUUUUCAGCUUAGAUUUCUACUCCGAGCUCUUGGGCACCUUCGAGCUGGUCAACGUCGACAUCGAAUUUGACAGUCCCCUGAACGCGCGCGUCGCGUCUGCUCUGUCGCUUCGGCCAUGCAAAGCACUGCUUCGCCUGGUGAAGAAAGUCGUUGCCUGCGAAGACGUUAUCGACGCGGAGAGCCUUGAGGCCGGAGCCAGAGGCGCGCUGGAUCGCGACUCGAAUUCCGAGGACAUGGAGGAGUGGAAAACUCUCGUCGAGGACCUUCUUCCACCUUUCCUGGGAGUCGGACUCUUCAGAGCAGUGUCGAUGACGAACCAUUCCUGCUGGCCGAACGCAGAGGUCGAUUAUCCGUUCCUCACCAACGCUGCUCAAGUGACGGCGCUGCGGGACAUCGCCGAGAAGGAAGAAAUUCUUCUCUCUUACAUCGACGAGUCUCUCCCUCUGGCAGAGAGACAGCGCCUCCUCAAAAGCCAUUACAAGUUCACUUGUGGCUGCCAGCGUUGCCAAGUCGAGGCCGCGGCGACACUGCUGGCGAGACGAGGUGCACUGCCCACUGAAAAUGCAGGAGCCUUGGACGCGAUUGCUGGUGCCACCGGCCUCUCCCCUUCGCUGGUCGACGAAGUUCUUUCCUUUAUCGCCGCUUGUUCAAAUUCCGAAGAACCGCAUGCAGCCGAGAGUGUCUGCGGAAUCCCCUCCUGAGUUGUGGGGUCAGGCGCGACGAGACAGGCGAAGGAGACAGUUCGACCUCGAGUGAAUGCGCGCAUGCAAACGCGUUGGCUGCGAUGUUCGAACUUCCCAGAGAAAAGACAAGUGACGCCAGAGAGAGAGACACCCUGUGAAAAAUGUAAAAGACGAAGGCAGUAAGUACUCUACCAUGCAACAAGUAAAAAUGUGAGAGAGCACCUCAUUUAAAACAUAUAAGAGGCGCGUUGCUUGUAAAAGAACGCCCCAUGUCAUAGUCAAGAGCAUACCCAGAGGGAAUCGUUUUUCGGCGAGAAAAUGAGGGAGAAGAGUGCCGAGGCAGAGAAAGUGUGAAGAAGGAAGUUUCGCAUCCGCGAAUCGAAGCGUGCAUCCCCCAUUUCCUCUCGGAGACUGACGAAACGCAUGCUUAUCAGGUGCGUGCCAAAAAAACGCAAACCAGAAGGUACGCGGAAGAUCCAUGGAUAGAGGGAGGUGACGAGAGGAUGGAACGAGAGAUGAAGUAGACAAUGUAAAAUGGAGCUUCGAAAAGAGAAACAAAGUGCGAAGAUGCAGCGCUGGAAGGUACAGUUAUUUCAUGAUCUCGGCUGCGGCGGGAAGAAGCAAAAAGCGCAGAAAACACUCUCCAUUUCAGAGAUCGAGACUUGUCAGCUUUAAUUUCUGCACAAGCUUCCGCCCUUGUAGUGCCAUGCCCAUCCCCGUGGUGGCUGUCACCGUUUUUUUCUAUUUUAAUAAAAUAUGUUUUCCGACAAACAACUCAUGUCGCUUCCAUAAAACUCCGACACCAUGCAAGGAAGUCAACUUGGCCUUUAUCUCUCGAUUAUCUCGCUCUGUCUGUCUGUAUCUCUACAUGUCGCUUCCGCUGUCGCAGC